UACACAACAACGUGUUCAGUCAGGCCACGUUAGCCCCUUUCUAAUUACUGUUUUCUCUUCAAGUGAGUGGUCAGAUGUCAAGCUCCGUUAUGUAAUUUCGUUCAUCAGUGUUUGGGGCAUCACUUGGGACAUGAAUUUAUCGUUUGCGGGGUGCGGAUUUCUGGGGAUUUACCACGUUGGGGUGGCAAGUUGUAUCAGGGAAUAUGCUCCCCACUUGUCGAAAGGGAAGAUUUCUGGUGCCAGUGCUGGUGCACUUGCUGCGGCUUGUCUCCUGACAGAUGUCUGUUUGGGUGAGUGUACGACCUUCGUCCUCCACAUAGCGACCAAGGCCCGCUCCCGAGCUCUCGGCCCAUUCCAUCCGAGCUUCAACAUCGCCCAGAUACUCCAAGAUGGUAUUGAGAGUAUCUUGCCGCCCGACGCCCACAAGAUGUGCAGCGGUCGUCUCCAUAUAUCGCUCACACGUGUUAGCGACCGGAAGAAUCUGGUUGUAUCUGAAUACGAGUCAAGACAAGACCUUAUUCAGGCGUUGAUGUGCAGUGCUUUCAUCCCCUUCUACAGCGGCCUGAUUCCACCCACGUACAGAGGAGCACGGUAUGUCGAUGGUGGCCUCAGCGACAACAUACCGAUCCUCAAUGACAACACCAUCACCGUCUCACCCUGGGCGGGAGAAAGCGACAUCUGUCCACGCGAUAUGUCAGCGAGCUUCCUCUAUUUCAAUCUUGCCAAUACCAGCAUCCAGUGCUCGACACGGAAUCUGUAUCGGAUGACGCGGAUCUUGUUCCCACCGCAUCCGGAAAUCCUGAGCCAGAUGUGUCGGCAGGGUUUCGAUGACGCGCUCAACUUCUUGCAAAGAAACAAUCUCAUCUCUUGUGUCAAUCACCUGAGUAUCACAUCCAGCAUCCAUCAGGAGGGACGGCUUGUCUCCGAGUGUGAGAGUGAAACAGAUCAAGUCGACUCGUCACUAGAAUUAGACGGGGCUUGUGCAAUGGAAUCAGAUGAUGCGCACGAGGUCGAGGAAAUGGUGGAUGGGACGAUUGAAAGAGACGUCUGCUAUGCCGAUGAUGAUUGUCAUGAAUGUCGGCGACGUCAGCAAGUCGCGUUGCUAGAUAGUCCGCCUGAUAUUGUCAUGAACAAGCUGCACGAUGCAUGUGUUAGGAACAGUCUCAUGGCCAACGUUUACAAUCACCGUGUGUACAGAAUCCUGGCCCUGAUGAUGUCACCAUCCGUGCUACCUUUCGAUAUAUUAGUCAACGUCACAAAAAGGUUCUAUUCCUAUCUACCUCACAUGACGACUGAUGCUAAAUGGGUCAUCGGCGAGCUGCCACACGCUGUCCGCGUAUUGCUCAAAUACCUGACCAGCAAGCGCAAAAGUUAUAGUGCCAGAUUCACUUGCGAGUUAAACAUCACCGAGAUGGAAUUCAAUCAAGAACUUGAGCGUGACAAGGCUGCUGGAGUACUAGUCAACAGGUCAAAGGUCAGGAAUGUCAACCUGGGAUUUGCCAUGGACUUGAAAACGGAGGCGAAAUCGCCGCUGGAAUGUUUACAUCAGUUGGAGCAGCAGGUAAUGGAGGAACAUCGGGCGGGACAUGACGUCAAUAUCACUGCGACAGUCGAGGACGUCGAUUCUUCGCCGAGUGUGGAUUCGCAAGGUCACGCGACCAGGAGCAAAAGAGCAACGCACUGUGCACAAGGUUAUGACGCGUUUGAAACUUAUUUAGAGCGCGUCGAGGAGAUGGACACGGUUAUGUCGUUUUAUUACCUCGACGAGAAUAAUACCAUGAAAAUGACGGAAAUAUGUGCUGUUAAACCGUCUUUGUCUUCGUGUUCAAGUCGCGCCGCGUCUCUGACUAGUCUAAACCAGUUACCAAAACCGGUUAAUGUUGUUAGUCCAUUGGUUGAUAGGCCAAAUAUCGAUGCGGACAUGGACGAUGUCAAUCGAUUGAAAAAUGGCCGAGACAAUUUCGAUGGUCACUCAUAUGAGCGAGAUCAGUUGGAAGCGAACUCAUUCUGCCGCGUUGAUAACUUUGAAGUGGAUGAUGACCGAGCGUCUGCUUUGACGUCGUCUCUUGAUCUUCAGUGGGACGAUGAGAAGGAGAUAGACGACAAUCAUUUUGGUGAGGACUUUAUGGAUUUCGAUUAUGAGGAGUUGACGCAGACACCGGCCAGUGAGUCUUUGUUUGGAGUUCCUGGAUGUUAAGGUCUCUCGAGUUAAGGUCUCUUGAAAUUGUGUCUCUUGACUCUGUCAGGUGCUGAACUUUUAUCGCAGGAGUAAAAUGUCUUUCAUAUCCUUCUGAUCGAAAGUACUUGUUGAUUUCAGGAAUGCGAUCAGAUCACAUUUACCAAAAGAUAGUGGUGUUUCACAACACUAGAUUAUCCUCGGGUGGGCCUAACCAUUGCUCUUUCACGGUGUCAACUAUGACAUUGGUCAACUAUCACAUUGACCAACUAUGACAUUGGUCAACUAUGACAUUGGUCAACUAUGACAUUGUCAACUAUGACAUUGUCAACUAUGACAUUGGUCAACUAUGACACCGGCUGCCCAGGGCUGUGUAACAUUACUAUUUGUGAUCACACUAUUACAGUUUAGUGACAAGAGGUCAGCCAAGUACCGUUGGCCAGAUAUGCAGUCUUAUGAGGAAAGGGCCCACUGAUCAGAAAGGAUGUGUUUAUCAAAACUUCAAGCUUAAAAGGAAACCGGUUUAUAGUAGAUUUAGACUACUGUAAACGCAAAUAAUAUACGCGUGCCUUUUAGUUUUAUAUUGCGUUUGUAGAUAAUCGCAAAAAUAUACGACUGCGAAAAAGAAAAUCUAAUUGAAAUAUUGUCGCGUUGUUGUGAAAACGCCGAUUUAUAUGUAUGUGAAAGAUGCAAUUUCACAAAAUCAAAGUUAAAUGGCCGCGAAUAUUUUUGGGUUUACAGUAAUUUGAUUGAUUUCACUGGAUUAGAGGUGGGUUGUGUUAGUUUUCCUCAACAGGGGUUCAUGGUCAGUAACUAUGGAUUUAUCGACAUCCACGUAUUUAGCAAUAUCCACGUAUUCAUCAAUAUCCACGUAUUCAUCAAUACCCAUGUAUUCAUCAAUAUCCACGUAUCAAUAUCUACAUCAUAUAUUGUAGUGUGUUUCCAUAUUACUGUUCCCAGUUACAAGAUCUUUGGCCAGAUCUAUCUGACAAAGGCUAUUAGAGUGUUAAAGGCCUCCUUCUUUCAAAAAAUUGAAAAUUAGGUUGAAUUUGAAAAUUUCCAAUUGUGUGUAUAGCGAAGUCAUGGUACCGUAAUUUUACAAUUGUUCAAAUGAGUUCCUAUUUCACCUCAAAUUACUCCCAACUCUGCUUCAUGGAAUUGGCUCCCGAUCAAAAGUUACUUGACUGAUCUGCAAUGUCCUGGUCUCCGAGAAAGAUUCUUCACUCAGUGAUACUGCAUUAGUGCAUUUAGUCUGAGGUUGGUGGAAAUAAUUUUGUCCUUUUUUGGUACCACCCUGUAUAAUGGUCACGUUGGCCCAAAGGUGAGCCCCAUUCCUUUUGUUGCAAUUUUAUUUUGUUAAAGAACUCAGGAAAAACUUAGUGAUAUUUAAAAAUGUAAAUAAUGUAAAUAGAAUGAUUCACAAAUGGGUUAGGUUUGUUUUUUUUACAUGAAUUCUAAACAAGGAAAGAUUCAGAGAUUAUCUUUUAUUUUUGUCGAGGUCGACAUUCUCCAGUAUAAAUUGUGCUACAGUUGUAAAUAGUGUUAUAAUUAUUUAUUUGCGAUCAAAAAUCCUUUGAUUUAGCAUGGUGUUGGAUUUCACAGGGUUUGCAAGUGACAAUCAUUGAUAAGAGCUAACAGUUCUUAAAAAUAAAUUCAUUUGUUGCAAUGUAUCAUUGUUUUAAUGUAAAGUGCAUUAGGCCUCUUUUUGGACUCCGUGGUUUUGGUGACUCCAGUAUAACCUGAUAACCACUUGGGUUGGUAUAAAAUGAUAAUCUACAUUAGAAUUGGAAUUGCUGUUGAAAGCGAACGACACCCCAUUUCAAUGUAGUUUUAGUUUUGAAAUUCAUCACCUUUUAUGUGUUUUUGUAAAUAACCACUCUAUAAACCACUCUUCGACUAGAAUUGAAUGACUGUUCACGCAAUAAACCACUCUUCAACUUGUAGAUUUUAACCUCGAUGUCUAUCUUAUGUGCUGUGUAAAUAGUAAAUACAAUGUAUAUGCCUUG